GACUGUCUUUUGUUUUUGUAAGUAAUGUGCUGGAUCGCACAGCCUUUCCCAGAGUUCACUGACACGUUUGGGACGUUUGGCAAUUUACGCUGCAGAAACGCAAACACCGUUGAUGGCCUGUCCCAGUACCCCCUCCCUGCCUGAAAUCAUCACCCUUCUCUCCUCCCUGCUCCCCUGUGGCUUUGCUGUAGGGCCCUCCCGGCACUGUGGGGGCCGUCUGGGCCUGUGGUGGGUGGGCCAGCCGCUGAAGGCUGGGUCACUGCUGGGGAGGGAAGAGGACACGACCCCCUCUAGUCAUCGCUCUGCCCCCGCCCCUUCCAAAAGUACAGCAUCACAAAUAGGGGAGGUCCUGAUGGGAACCUCAGGAACUCCUGAAGCUCCGCCCCAAACGGCCGUGUGGGUCAGCUUUGCCUGUCAGGUGCAGUACCCAGCUCAGCAGAAUGUGGCAGUGCAGUGCGCGUGUGCGCAGGAGUCUGGAGGUGUCUGCACGGCCGUGCGUCUGCGCGCGUGUCGCGAUAUCCAGGCAGGGGCGGAGCUGCUGAUCUAUGGAGACCCUGAGGGCAAAAGCCGGACCACAGGCCUCUCUGGGGGCUCCGCCGGACUCAGAGAAGACGUUGUGAGGUUUGUUCACGAAGUUGACCCUGAAGAAAAGGAGAAUCUGAACAGGCAAGAACAUGAGGAGGAGAAGGAAAAGUGUAAGACUCCUCAGAAACAACAGCCCUCAAAGAGGACUCAUCCACUCCCUAUCAGGAGGAGGAGGAGGAGGAGGGCGGCGGCCUGGCGGCAGGACGAUGGGACACACGGAGCAGCAGAUCCUGCUUCUGUUGGACUCAAGGAUGCUCCCAGCCCCGCCCCUUCUAUCCGCUCCAGCUCCCGGCUGGCUGCUAAACCGCGACGAACCCACUGUCUCACCGCUCGGGUGAGGUGCACCCCCAUCCAGCCUGACUGUUUGCCAACAGCGGAGGGGGGGGACAGGAGUGGGAAGCCAGCUGUUUCCUCAGAGACUUCCCAAAAGGCCGCCUCAGCAGCUCCUCCUGCUGAAGACGCGCUUCUGUGUCACAGAGGAGUCAGAGAGAGACGCUACAGCUGCUCCAGCUGCGGGAAAAGGUUCUUCCAGGUGGGUCAUUUGAAGAAGCAUCAGUUCAGCCACACUGAGGAGAAACCCUUCAGCUGCCAGGACUGUGGGAAACACUACACAUCUGCAGAGAGCUUCAGAGCCCAUCAGUUGAGUCACCGAGGGGAGCGGCCCUUCUCCUGCUCUCACUGUGAGAAGACCUACGGCCUGAAGCGGGACCUAAAGGAGCACAUGGUGCUGCACACGGGAGAAAAGCCCUACAUCUGUGAACAGUGUGGCAAAGCGUUUGCUCGCCGCCCCUCCCUACGAGUGCACCGGCUCCUGCACUGCAGCAGACGCAUCUACCCGCAGCCCCCAAAGCUUCAGUGUCCCGUCUGCAACAAGCUGCUGGCCAACUCCGGCUCCUUGAGGAACCACAUGAAGCUCCACAGCGGACAGAAGCCUCACAGCUGCCAGCACUGCGGGAAAACCUUCAGUCAGAAAGGUAACCUGGAAUGUCACUUGAGGAUUCACAGCGGAGUGAAGCCGUUUUCCUGUUCCGAGUGCAACCAGUCGUUCUCCCAGAAACCUGAUCUCCAGCGGCACAUGUUAUCCCACACCGGAGGGGGGUUCCUGUGCAGUUACUGUGGGAAAUCCCUACGGGACCCCCACAGUCUGAGGUCCCACGAGAGACUGCACACUGGAGAGAGACCCCAUCGCUGCUCUGUGUGUGGAAAAGGCUACACUUUAGCCACCAAGCUGAGAAGACACAUGAGGUCGUCCCACCUGAAGGAGAAACCGUACACCUGCCACUGCGGCGCCGCCUACACGGUGAGGCAAAGUCUGCUGAGACACCAAGCUCAGCACAGGACGUCUGCAGCGACUCCCAGUGGGGGGGCAGGGGCCCCGGCGUCAGGCUGCGGUCACCAGAAGCCGGUCAGAGGGAGGCCGAGGAAGAACCUCCCCAACCAGGAGAAAGCUGAAGUGGAGGAGGAGGCGGAGGUGAAGCCAGGGAGUGUUCAGAUCUCCUCCGAGGGGGAGGGCGGCGCUGCAGGCGGCGUCCGGCACGCCCUUGUUUACGUCCACACAGAGCACCUGUCCGCAUCGGCCCCCGCCUCGCUGCUCCUCAGCGCUGACGGUUCGGUGACCACAGGGCCAGAGCCGGGACUGGUGGAGGUGCUGAUAUCGGAGAGCUCGGAGCAGUGCAUUGUGGUCCAGGGGGAGCAGACGGUGGGGGAGCUGCUGAUCCUGGAGGAGGACAGUGGCCUCUGCUCAGUGGCUCAGACGGUGGAGAUAAACUCAGCCUGAAUUCUGAGCGGGGGCACGCCACCAUGACCACGCCCCCACUUACCCCCUUAUCCUCACUCCUCUCUGAAAUCGAGCAGUAAGCUUGACUAUAAGGAGGGGGAGGAUUAACCGAACUGUUGUCAACGUUGGGAGGCGGGUUCAGUACCUCCUGCUGGCUGCAAAGGACAUCACACCUGUUCUAGAAGCUUCAUGAAGAAUGACUUUUUGGAAAGUUCUGCCCAAAGCCCUGCUCUGUUACGUGUUGGAUUUUUGAAAAGGUGGAAGUUGCUCUUAAAGGGAGCAUCCCUGCCUCCCUGAGCACAUGCAUCUGACAGGAAGUGAGCAAAGCUUCAGGGAGGUGGGUGUGAAAGAGGGAGCGCUGUGUGCCGAUGGUCUGGUAAAGAUGAAGCCACGCUGAGAAAAAGGUCUGAAACCUUUGAGGACGUGAAGCAGAAAGGGGCUGCAUCGCAUCAAGUUUGCUCUGAACGCUUGAGGCCGUCUGUGUUCCAGCAGACGGCUGCAGAGCAGGCCACAGGAAUUCCCCUCUCUGCAAAGAAACGGCCCCUUCACUGUUAAAGGACACUCUAUAGAAAAGCAGCAUCAGUUUUGGAAAAAGAAAAACCUUUUUGCAAACAUGUCAUUUUCUGAAUCUCUUUUUUACCGAGUGUCAGCUGAUCAUUACCUUCAGUGGCGUCCUGUAAACUUUGGUGAGGAGCUGAAUCUCACCUAUUUAAGCCUGAUUUCCUGUUUGGUCUCUUUGUUUCUGGAAUCUUCCCUGAGCUCAGAUCUUCAGGAUUAAAGCGAAAUGACAACAGGAAAUUAAAUCUUAAAUGUGCUUUUGUAUAGAAAUUAUUUUUUGUUCUUUCUAUGACAAAAACACUCAAACUGGGGAACUUGGUUGUUUUUAUUCAAACUCCUCCAAUUUUAUUUUCAAUCAGCAUGUUUUCCUUCUUAUUCAUCUAAUCAGUUUAAAUCUGCUGAAUUGCAUCGAUAAGAUUUCCAAACUCCUGUCUUUCCAUCAAACUGUCUUUGUGUCUGUGAGACCAGCCCUUCCUGACCGUCUUCAUCGUUUUAGUCCUGAGAAAGUCUUCCUCAGCUUUCAGAGGGAAGCUUUAGAAAGUGCAGAAGACGAGGCAUGUAACUGAAACAUGUUAAAUAAAGAUUGACAGAAAUGUGA